GCAAACGAGCACGUUAGAUGUUAUUUUGCUUAUUUGCUUUUCAGCCGGGCCAGGGAGGAAGCGACAAACUGCCUACAGGCCAAAUUGUAGGUCAUCAGCUCGUGCUUUGCGAUUAAUACGUUACAUUUUUAAAAUUUGUCAAUUACCAGGAGCCUCGUUUUUUUGUUCCCCCCCCCCCCCCAUCCUAUCCUGCCUCAGCUCAUCGGCGUGUGUGUAGCAGAAAGACCUCAUCUUGUGGAAGAUACCAUUUUUUUCCCUCCAGCAGUGCUUUUUCUUUUUUUUCUCCUUUUUCUUCUUUUUUAAAACAAGCGGUGGCGUGAUGACAUCAUCGUUACUGCAAUGACGGCGGAUAAUCGACAGGAUUGAAGCGAACAUGAAGUCUGGGAGUAUUUUGAAACAUGGCCUCAUCAUCCUGUCCCUGUUUGGCCUCAUCUUCCUGCUGCACAACAUCACCAAUAGGGAGAACUGGAAGUACCACACGGUGUCAGCGAUGUACAAGUUCCAGGACCGGAUCUUCUGUUCACAUCUGGGCCAGCCGCCGUCACCGGAAGAAGAGCUGGAGGAGCGGGACAUUUUGGACUCCAUCGCCUGGCCUCAGCCGCCCUGGAGCGCCGCGCCGCCCGCCCUCUGUCGGACGAGCGACCCGGCCCGCAGCCUCUUUACGAUCGUGCCCUCCCAAAACGGACGGCGUCGCUACGUGGGCGACCAGCUGGAAGUUCUGGUCCACCUGCACGACUUCGAGGGCCGACCCAAGCGCUACGGCGGCGACUUCCUGUUGGCUCGGUUGCACUCCCCAGAAUACAAGGCGGGCGUGGCCGGGCAAGUGCUGGACCACAAGAACGGACUUUAUUCCGCUCGCUUCCCGCUGCUGUGGGAGGGCUCGGCUCAGGUCGAGGUCACCAUGGUGCACUCGAGCGAGGCCGUCGCCGUGCUGCGGCGGCUGAGGGAGAAGCGGCCCGAUCGGGUGUACUUCGUCAGCCUCUUCCGCCUCGGCCUUCAUUCGGAGACGACAGUGUGCAACGUGUGCCUGCCGCGAGACCAGGGGCCGCUGUGCAACUACACGGACCCUUACUCCGGUGAGCCGUGGUACUGCUACAAGCCCAAAAUGCUCGGCUGCGACGCCAGGAUCAACCACGCCAAGGGAGGCUACCUCAAAAACGUCAUCACCAAUAAGGAAGCUUUGCUCUUUCAGAGUGACGUGAACGUCAAAGUUCCCAUCCACGCUUCCACAACGGACACCAUCAACGUGUUGCCUUUCAGGAAAGAAAGCGGCAGUCCAAAAACGGAUCCCGUGAAGAUGGCGACGUCCGGGUACUACUACCAGGACUCGUGGAGGCCAUUGGGUGGCGUUCCCAUGCGGCAGUUUGACGGAGCGUCCGCCAUCGCUCAGUGUUUAACCAACAAGGUGGUCUACAUGUACGGCGACUCCACCGUGCGCCAGUGGUUCGAGUAUCUCCUCAAUGCGCUUCCAGACAUGAAGGAAUUCAACCUGCAGACUCCAAAAAAGGUGGGGCCCUUAAUGGCGGUGGACAGCACCCACAACAUUCUGCUGAAGUACCGCUGCCACGGGCCACCCAUCCGCUUCUCCACCGUCACGGCCAGCGAGUUGCGCUACAUCGCCAACGAGCUGGACGGCCUGGCCGGCGGUCCCAACACGGUGGUGGCGCUCAGCAUCUGGUCUCACUUCAGCACCUUCCCCGCGGAGGUGUACGUACGCCGCCUGCGGCACAUCCGCAAGGCGGUGGCGCGACUCCUGGACCGGGCGCCGGGGACGGCGGUGGCGGUCCGCACGGCCAACCCUCAGGCCCUGGAAGGGGACGUCAGCCUGUACAACAGCGACUGGUUUUCGCUGCAGCUGGACGCGGUGCUGCGCGCCGUGUUCAAGGGUCUCGACGUUAUGCUGGUGGACGCCUGGCAGAUGUGCGUGGCGCACCGCCAGCCUCACCACCUGCACCCUCCUACGGCCAUUGUCAAGAACAUGGUAGACAUGAUGUUGUCCUACGUUUGUCGUGAUGGGGCUGGGAACAAUGUGUGAAUUGAAUGGGUCGUAUUAUUUCUUAUUUAUUUAUUUAUUCAUUCUUUAAAAAUACUACAAAUCUUCGUGAUUUUGAACUGCAUAAAGAAGAGAAGAAUGCAUUGGACAUUUUUGCCUUUUUAAAAGUAUGACUUGAUCCUCUCAAUAAGUAUGACUUUGUGCUGCACAUUCAAAUGAGAACAAUUGUUCCAGUAUUGUGAAAAUAGACUGUAUUGGGAAAAGUUAGCCUAUUUAAAAAUACAACUUUAGUCCCUCAGUUGCAGUGUUGUCAUUUUAGCGUGGGAUUGUUACAUGUGCCCAUGGACAGCAAAAUAAUAGUGACAAUCAAAAAAAGCGACUGCUUGCUCACAUGUGGGCAAACAGAAUUACAGGGUGCCAUGUUUUCUUUGGCCUUUUUUUUUGCAGUUGUUGUUGUGACGAACGCGUCUGCCUCAUCCCAGUACCGCAAAUUGUGCAAUUGAUUUGGUUUGUUGUGCUGCAAAAUUUGAAUUUAACGAGCCGGUCGAGUUUGUGUUUUUGGUGUCACGACAGUGUGGAGCCCGUUCCUGAUCACAUGCUGCCUUGUUCUCUACAAAGUGCACAAAGCCAUGUCUUUUCCCCGCUUUUGUUAACGCUUCAGCGUUUGACAUUUGUUUGUGUGUAUUGAAGUCACAGGACAUUUUUUUUUGUUGCAAAUGCACUGAACCCCUGAUUAUUGCGGGGAAUAUGUUCCAGACAAACCCGCAAUGCCCUGAUUUCAGUGCUGGCUGUGUCCUACACGGGACAACAAAUACAUUUGAACACCAUUGAAACGUAUUUAAUGAUAUAUUUUUGAAAAAAAAAAAAAAAAAAAACAA